AUGGAGGCCCUGCGCAAAGCGCUGAUCGCGGGCGCAGUGCUGGCCGUGGGGGCUGGCGUGGGCACCGCGCUCUUUGUCCUCGUGACCCCGGGAGAACAGCAGAAGCAGGCGAUGCUAAAGGAGAUGCCGGAGCAGGACCCGCAGCGCAGGGACGAGGUGGCCGGGACCAAAGAGCUACUUCUGGCCACUCUGCAGGAGGCCGCGGCCACGCAAGAGAACGUCGCCUGGAGAAAGAACUGGAUGAGUGGUGGCGGCGGGAAGUCAGCCUGA